GCGCUGGCUCCUUGUCCGGAUAGAGUCCCGCGAAGACGCCGGCCCAGUUGAGCCUGAGCGCUGCUGAGGCGGCCGGUGGGACGGCGCGCCUGGUGGCGAGGCGGGCGCAUUAAGGAGAGGCCGGGGCGCCCUCGGCCCCGCGGCAGCCGCUGCCCAGUGCGGUCGGCAGCGGCGGAGCAUCUCGCUUCUGCUCACAUCUGUGGAGCUGCCAGCGAGACGCUCGGACGCCGGGAGCCCCGCGCAAGAGCGGGCCGAGCGCGCGUUGGGAGCUCGCCUGUCCUGUCCGCGGAGGGUGCGCGGCCAGGAGAGCUAGGACCUCGCCGUUGUGCGCCCCACAGGCGUCGGCUGUAUCCGGAGCGCGCCUGCCCGCCCCUCAGCUGCCCCGCUCAGGGCCGGAGAGGUGUGCAUCAUGAGCGGUGGCGAAGUGGUCUGCUCGGGGUGGCUCCGCAAGUCCCCGCCGGAGAAAAAGUUGAAGCGUUAUGCAUGGAAGAGGAGAUGGUUUGUGUUGCGCAGUGGCCGUUUAACUGGAGAUCCAGAUGUAUUGGAAUAUUACAAAAAUGAUCAUGCUAAGAAGCCUAUCCGUAUCAUUGAUUUAAAUUUAUGUCAGCAAGUCGAUGCUGGAUUGACAUUUAACAAAAAAGAGUUUGAAAACAGCUACAUUUUUGAUAUCAACACUAUUGACCGGAUUUUCUACUUGGUAGCAGACAGUGAGGAGGAGAUGAAUAAGUGGGUUCGUUGUAUUUGUGACAUCUGUGGGUUCAACCCUACAGAGGAAGAUGCUGUGAAGCCACCUGGCCCUUCCUUACAAGCACCAGCUGAUUUACCUUUACCUGUAAAUACAGCACCACCGUCCACACACGUGGAUUCAUCCUCUGCUACUCUACCUCCUCCAUAUCAGCUAAUUAACCUUCCACCACACCUGGAAACUCUUGGCAUCCAGGAGGAUCCUCAAGACUACCUCUUGCUAAUCAACUGUCAAAGCAAGAAGCCUGAACCCAUGAGAACACAUGCCGACUCUGCAAAAUCCACCUCUUCGGAAACAGACUGCAACGAUAACGUCCCUUCUCAUAAAAACCCUGCUUCUUCCCAGAGCAAACACGGAGUGAAUGGCUUUUUUCAGCAGCAAAUGAUGUAUGACUCCCCAUCGUCACGUGCUGCAUCUGUUUCUGUAGACUCCAGCCUUUAUAACCUGCCCAGGAGUUACUCCCAUGAUGUUUUACCAAAGGUGUCUCCAUCAAGUACCGAAGCAGAUGGAGAACUCUAUGUUUUUAAUACCCCAGCUGGGACGUCGAGUGUAGAGACUCAAAUGCGGCACGUAUCUAUCAGUUACGACAUUCCUUCAACACCUGGUAACACUUACCAGAUUCCACGAACAUUUCCAGAAGGAACCUUGGGACAGACGUCCAAGCUAGAGACUAUUCCAGAUAUUCCUCCACCUCGGCCACCGAAACCACAUCCAGCUCAUGACCGAUCUCCUGUGGAAACGUGCAGUAUCACACGCACGGCCUCAGACACUGACAGUAGUUACUGUAUCCCGACAGCAGGGAUGCCCCCGUCACGUAGCAAUACCAUUUCCACUGUGGAUUUGAACAAAUUACGAAAAGAUGCUAGCUCUCAAGACUGCUAUGAUAUUCCACGAACAUUUCCAAGUGAUAGAUCUAGCUCACUUGAAGGCUUCCACAACCACUUUAAAAUCAAAAAUGUGUUGACAGUGGGAAGCGUAUCAAGUGAAGAACUGAAUGAAAAUUAUGUUCCUAUGAAUCCCAACUCUCCACCACGGCAACAUUCCACCGGUUUUACGGAACCAAUUCAGGAAGCAAAUUAUGUGCCAAUGACACCAGGGACAUUUGAUUUUUCUUCAUUUGGAAUGCAAGUUCCUCCUCCGGCUCAUAUGGGCUUCAGGUCCAGCCCAAAGACCCCUCCCAGAAGGCCAGUGCCUGUGGCAGACUGUGAACCACCCCCCGUGGAUAGAAACCUCAAGCCAGACAGAAAAGGUCAAAGUCCUAAAAUUUUAAGACCCAAACCCCAUGGUUUAGAGCGAACUGAUUCACAAACCAUAGGUGACUUUGCUACAAGAAGAAAGGUCAAGCCAGCACCUUUGGAAAUAAAACCUUUGACAGAAUGGGAAGAAUUACAAGCUCCAGUUCGAUCUCCCAUCACUAGGAGUUUUGCUCGAGACUCCUCUAGGUUUCCUCUGUCCCCCCGACCGGAUUCCGUGCAUAGCACAACUUCAAGCAGUGACUCUCACGACAGCGAAGAGAAUUAUGUUCCCAUGAAUCCGAACCUGUCCAAUGAAGACCCUAAUCUUUUUGGCAGUAAUAGUCUUGAUGGAGGAAGCAGCCCUAUGGUAAAGCCCAAAGGAGACAAACAAGUGGAAUACCUAGAUUUAGAUUUAGAUUCUGGGAAAUCCACACCACCACGUAAGCAAAAGAGCAGCGGCUCAGGCAGCAGUGUAGCAGAUGAGAGGGUUGAUUAUGUUGUGGUUGACCAACAGAAGACCCUGGCACUGAAGAGCACCCGGGAAGCCUGGACUGAUGGCAGACAGUCCACGGAAUCUGAAACACCCACCAAGAGCGUGAAAUGAAAAUGCUUCUUCCACGUGUUUGAACAAAUGAGAACUGAAUUGUAAAGAUCGAUCCCAAGAGCAGAACCAUAAUCACGGCCGUGUUGGACUGAAGAUGACUUGACUCUUCUCCUCUAGGAGAUCCUCACAUGAGUAGAGUUGAAGUCAAAAGAUCUUUCAGACAUAAUCAAGUCAUUUAGACCCUGAAUGGUGCUUUGUGGUAUCUGAACAAUUACAAGACAUGUAAAUAAUGUGGGAAAAAUAGUAUUGUUUAGCUCCCAAACACUUGUUCCACAGUUAACACACUUGUAGUAUUACUGUAUUUAUGCACUUUUUCAUUUAAAACAUUGGUUUGGGUAUUCCCAAAUGUACCUUAACAUAAUUCCUGUGGGAGUUCUUGUUUUCCUCACACUACUCUGUAGAACAAUACUAAGUUAACUAAGCUACUUUUAGAUUUGGAAGUUGCUGUUUAAAAACUGCAGUUUAACAACAUUAAAAUGAGAAGUAGAUACACAAUUUUAACUGUCUCCCUGAAGCUUCAGGUGGUAACCAUUAGUUUAAAAUACAGAGUAGCGUUGGACUCACCAUUCAUUGCCUUCCAAAAUGCUGAUGACGAUGUACGUACUAGUUUCAGGACCUUGCUGUCUGACUCAUGUACAUGUAGUUGUUAAUGGUGGAAUUUUGUUAUAUUUUGUUAAUUACAGUGUUUUGGGUUCCUUGGGUGAAGAUUCUGCUGGGUGGGAUCUUGCACUCUUUAAAGACUGAAUAAUGAAAUUACCAACUAAGCCCAUAGAUCACUGAUGGCAUGCAGUGACGAUGUGCCCUCAUGCUUGUUAACAUGUAUUAAACUUUACAUUAUUUACAAAAGGUAGAGUAUGUAACUAAUCAGGUACGUACCAGGGACUGACGUGCUAAUACACUGAUCAGGUUUAGACAAUGAGCGUUAGUUGUGUUUUCGUUAGUCCUAGUAUUGGUUUCCAGGUUGGAAUUAAUGGAACAGUUCACAUUCACUGUUAGUUAUAGCAACAUACUGUGAUUUUUAAUUAGACAGUAAUUCAGACUUAUGACUCUAAGAAUGAAAAUUCUAUUUCUUGACACCAUAGUGCCCUUUGUAUGAAAUUUUUUUUUUUUUUUUACUUAAUAUCCUUCUUGGCCUUAUAUUUAAAUCCCUAUGCAAUUAAAAUUUUAUAUCUGCAUUUAAGAAAAAAAUAGAUGUUAUAUAAGUGAUUCUCAUAUGUAGCACCUGUUGGCUUUUCCUAUAAAAAAAAAAUCAAGGAUUUUGUACUGUGAUUCCUAUUCACUGUCCCAAUUCAAGAGUUGUUGGAGCCUUGCAAUAAUGUGAAAUCUUACAGUCAUGGACUCCUUCCAACCCGAUUUCUGAAACCACCAGAGGAAUCUUAUAGUUCUGUCUCACCUAUAACAUGGUCCUGUGACGUGGAUAUCAAGACCACAGAUUAUAGUGAGGCUAAAAUUUGUAUUCAUCUGUCUCACCUUUGCAUUGUAAUUUAAGAAGCCGGUGUAGUUUUUUGUAUUUUUUAAACUAAGUUGCAUACAAUCUCUUAUGUGUUGAUUUAAGACUAAGUUCCGGAGGGGAUACAGAGGUCAGAGUGCACACAGCUGAAGUGUGGCCCCCUCCGUUCUGACCUCCAGUUGUUGCCUGAGUACACAGAUGUGCCCCGGUUCCUGGCCUGUUGGCCAUAACACUGUGCCUAAUCAAUGUAAUGGGUAUAUUUCUCCAAUCCACACACUAAAAAUGUUCAUAACAAGAUGAAUUGUAGACUAGUAAUAUUUGAUGCUUUUAAAUGUUUCACUUAUUUUUAAACAAAAACUAAAACUCAGAAGUGAAUUUUGAGGUGGAUUUUUAAAUAAAAAAGAUUGUUUGAGUUUGGUGUGUAUAAGCUGUUUUAUAAUAAAACCACAAAAUAAAAUCUCAAAAUGUGCCUAAACUAUCAAAACACACAACACAUUUGAUGUGUGAGGACACUAAAUUGUAUUACCUGGAACGUGAACAUAUUUUGAGAUUUAAUAUGAGUAGCUAAAAAAUAAAAAUCGUAGUUGAAAGCUGUAUAUUGGAAAAGCGUGAAACAAUUGUAUUUUUAGUGUAAUUUCUCCUUAAUUUUUUACAAGUUACUUUUUUUUAUGAAGAGCUGCAGUGCUGCAGUUUGUAGAAAUUGUCUCAUUACACAGCAUAAUUCAGGGAUUGAGAAGUAUUAGAAAGGCGAUUUGUUUUAGAAAACUAAAUCACAUUAAAUACUGUAUUCAGAAAUUAAAUUAAAAGGCAGCUUCUUAUAGAGUAUUAUUUUCCAGACCUUUUUUUAGCAGUAGAACCUUCUUUUAAUAAAAUACUAUGUGUAACCUAAAUACAUAAAGCCUGAAAAGUCCAUUUUAUCAGUAUAUAUGGAUUUUGAGUUCACAUUUGUAAUGCUUGCUUACUUAACCCAUUACUAAGAAUAUUAAGAUUUCUUAACACAAAAGCAAAAUUGGAACCGUAGUUGGUGAAACCUCAGCAGCCAAUUUAUUUCUGAAUUUUGUUUCCUUUCCAUAAUAUCAUAAUAUCCUUUCCUUUCCAUAGUGAUUGGCACAGAGGUAAGUUAGUGCAGAUAGUAACAGGUUUGAAACACACAUCUCAGGAGAUUCUUUACAUAAAGAUAGCUGUGGUUGUAUACCAAGGCCUGUACAAAAACAAAUUAUCCUGGUAGUAAUGGGAGUUAUCACCAGGAGUCUCCAGUAUGGUAAAAAAAUCAUUAAAUGUGUGUUUUAUUAAAGAUAAACACUUAUAAAAGCAGAAUUUGAAUCAAACCCUUUUAGUACCCCCAACUCUCCUCUAAGAAGCUAGGUUUCAGCAGAGCACCUGUUGAAAACCACUGUUUGAUUAAGUGACAGUAUGAUGUUCCGGAUUAGAAAAAGGUUUUUUUUCCCUCCAGUGUUUGAUGUUCUCUGCCUUUUUAUUCCUUAUUUUGAAAAACUAAACUUUUAUGAAUGUUUGAAUACCAAAGCACACUUCUGCUUUCAGAAAUCAAAAUUCAGACAUAAAGAACUUAAGCUAUUUUAACCCACAGAAGGUAUCACAAGGAGUAAGCUGUAAAAGAUGUUUUUAUAUACACUCUAGCUUAUAAGCUUAUGCCUUUGUUUUUCUUAAUACCCUAUUAUCUACUGUGAGCAUUUUAGAGAAUCCCAUAAAGGUACUAUGCAUAUAUGCCUAUAUAGAUCUAAAUAUACGUGUAUUUAUAUCUAUAUACAUAUAUAACAUUGUAUUUAAUCGUAGACUAAAUUUGAUAUAGAAAUACUGUUAUACUUGUAUAUUUAAGUCAUAAUUUCUUCUGGACUGGAUAUUUAAUUAGUGGGGAGUCACAACCUUCAUAAAUGUAUUUAAACUGGAAGUUGAACACCAGUGUUUUUCUUUUUUACUAGUGGGACGUUGUCUGCUUUCCCCCUUUAGGGAAAACAGUAUUUUUUAUAUGUUAACUACUUUAUGCUGUGUACCACACCAGACACUGAUCACAGUUCUUGGGUGUUCCCAAACACAUUUAGUGCCUGUUUACUUUGGCCUAUGGAAAGUGUUGGUAUUCAUGUUUUGAAUUGCAUACGAAGCCUUCAGACUUUGAGAAACAACAAAGUGGACCCGAUGCUUUCUAUUCUGCCUUUGGGUCACUCUAGUAGAUCUGCCCUCCAUUGUCAGAUAAGCAGGCCACUGACAGAGACUGUACAUGUGACCAAAUCUAGUGGUUACUCAGAUAGAGACCUAUGUCCUAAGGUAACAAUUACUGUCAAUAAUGUCUAGUAUAUGUAAAUUUGUAUAUAAUUUUGAAAACUGACAGGAGGUGAAAAGCCACGAGGUAAAUGAAUGUUGUAGACAUCAUGGACUUGAUAUCAUGAGUCAGUAGUCAUGGUUUUUGAGAUAAGUGUUUUUAGUCUAAGGGCACCUAUGUAUCACUACAGGUUGAAAUAACUUAGUUUGUUUUCUCGCCCCUAGACUUGUCUUUCCUUAGGUUCAGCGUAGUCUCUAACAUGAGUUGUAACAAACUGAUUUGUCAUGGGAUAACUGUAGCUUCUGCUUCCUAGACGUAAUUACACGUACAAUUUUGUGUGUAUUCUUGUAAGCUAAAUCCAUUGUUGAUAAUUAUCCCAAAUUCCAACAGCAAAAUCUUAUGUAUGAAUUUAUUUCUCUUUUGCACAAAUUCUUUUGUAAAGAUCCAGUUGUAGAUGUGUUCUGCUAUCAAAUAAAACUUUUCAAACAG